GUCCACAAUAAGUCAGUCGCGAUUCCACCUUGCCAAUGGAGAGACGUAUGAUGAAAUAGAUAAUAGUUUGCUAUUGUGAACCUGGCUUUUUGACCUUGGUUUUUUUUGUUUGAGUUUUUUCCUCAAUCGUGCAAAGAUGAGAUUGAUUUUUGUGGCGUUUUUGGUGCCACUAUGUUGGGCGAACACGAUAACCCAGGAGCAACUGCUGUCGGUGUUCGGUCCGAACUCCGUAGCGCUGGCCUCGCCGCCGCAGCUGCGGAAACCAACGCCCAACGCGAGCCAGGACGACUAUCCCGACCAGGAUGUGUACAUACCCUCGCAGGCGGAGUAUGACCAGUUCGACUGGACUUUGACGAAGCGUAUAGCAUCAACCUCCAAUGAGAACUUCCUCAUCUCGCCCCUGGGCUUGAAGCUGGCUCUGGCCAUCCUGAUGGAGGCAGCAUCGGGUCAGACGCAGGAGGAGCUGUCAGCGGUACUCGGGUUUGAGCGAGACACCCAUCUCGUUAGGCAGAAGUUCGCCAAGAUCUUGGAUUCUCUACAGACCAAAUCCUCUCAAUACAUACUCGAGAUGGGAAGCCGUAUCUUCAUCGGCGCCGGCGUAGAACCCCGACAGAGGUACGCGGCCAUCGCGCAGCAGUUCUACAAGACGGAGAUCGUCAACAUGGACUUUAGCGAUCCCGUCGUCUCCUCCAAGGCCAUCAACAACUGGGUCGCCAACAUCACGCACGGACGGAUACCGAAUUUGGUUGAUAUUGAUGACGUAACAGGAGUAGUAGCCCUGGUCCUCAACACGUUGUACUUCAAGGGCACAUGGAGACACCAGUUUAUGCCCAACGAGACCAGGCCGGACCAGUUCUUCCUCACCGCCAAGGACAAGAAGCUCGCUCAGUUCAUGAACGUGAAAGACAAGUUCUACUACACGGAGUCCGCGAAAUACAAUGCCAAGAUCCUGAGGAUGCCUUAUUUGGGCCAGAAGUUCGCUAUGUACAUCGUGGUGCCCAACACACAUGACGGUCUACCGCGCAUCUUCACCGACCUGAGCGGUCUGCGCGCUGAGCUGUACUUCCUGCAGGAGACUAUAGUCGACGUGACGCUGCCCAAGUUCAAGUUCGAGUAUACGUCGCUGCUGGAUUCUGUGCUGAAAGAGCUGGGCAUCCGCGUGGCGUUCGAGGACUCGGCGUCGUUCCCGGGCAUCGUGCGCGGGCAGGCGGCGCGCCAGCCGCUCAAGAUCUCCAAGGUGGUGCAGCGCAGCGGCAUGGAGGUCAACGAACUGGGCAGCAUCGCAUACUCCGCCACUGAGGUAGCCCUGGAGAACAAGUUCGGUGGUGGUGUGGACGCCGUUGCCGACCUGAUCGCCAACAAGCCGUUCCUGUUCUUCAUCCAGGACGAGGGGACAAGACAGCUGCUGUUCACAGGGAGGGUCUCUGACCCCACCGUCAUAGACGGCGCCAACAAACGUAAGGGGCGAACUGGUUUAUCUGCAGUCGGGGAUCUCACGUCUUCGCGCACUAAUGUGUUGAGUGGAACCAUGUUUCUGUUUUUCGUCGCCAUCUUGGCGUGCUUCCACCAGCUGGACUGUCACCAUGCCACCGAGGUCCACCGUCUCAACUUCUUCGAUACCGACCUCCUCCGGUACGCGGCGGAAGACAAGACCGGCAACGUCAUGUUGUCUCCGGCCAGCAUCAAGUCGCUGCUGGCGAUGGUGCUCGAAGGCUCGGGCGGAGCGACGGCCAACGAGAUCAGAAGUGCUCUGAGACUGUCCCCCAACAAGAACGACUUUAGGGAACAGCUGUAUCAUUACUUGAAUGCGUUAAACGUAAACACUUCCGGAGUACUUCUUCACAAUGCCAACGCGGUGUUCAUCUCCAACAAGCUAACCCUGCGGAAAGAGUAUGAGUUGAUGCUUCGGAAGGUCUACUACGCUGACGUGGGGAAGGUGGACUUCACAGACCCCAUCCCAACUUCGGACUUCAUCAACAAGUGGGUGAAGAAUCACACGAGCGGCCUGAUCGACAAUAUCGUGGAGCCCGCUUUCAUCAAACCCUCUACCGACAUGAUGCUGACCAACGCCCUCUACUUCAAGAGCUCCUGGAGGUACGCCUUCGACCCCAAGUGGACGAAGGGCGGCUGCUUCUUCAUCGAAGAUCAGUGCCGGAAGGUCGCGAUGAUGGAGCAGCACGAGGAGCUGAACUACGCGUAUAUCGACAACCUGAGGGCGCACGCCUUGGAGUUGCCUUAUGAGGACCCCAACUACUCGAUGCUGCUGCUGGUGCCCUACGAGCGCGACGGCUGGGUGUCCCUCAUCCGGGACCUGCCCUACAUGAGCAUCCCGCAGAUCACCCGCCUGAUGGAGCCGGCCGACGUGAGACUGUAUCUGCCCCGGUUCACGAUCGACUACGCCGAGAGCAUGAUUGAGCCGUUGCAGAAGAUGAGAAUAACGACUCUCUUCACCCGCAACGCCAACCUCAGCGGCAUGUACGAGGCGGGCAUACCGCAGCUCAACAACAUCAUCCACAAGGUCCAUAUGAUCGUGGAUGAGGUGGGCACCGUCGCCGCCGCUGCCUCCUCCGCGGUGGUCAUCCCCCUCAUCGAAGACGGCGUCCAGAUCAGAGUGGACCGGCCGUUCCUGUUCUUCAUCAAGGAUAAUAAGCGGGGACUGGUGCUGUUCGAGGGCAAGAUUGGGGAACCCACUGCGUUCACGGAGAAGGAUGUUCUGGAACCACCACCAAAAACGCCUCCCCCCAGCCCAGCCAAACGAAGAUACAGCUGGAGUUAUAAGAGAUAAACAUAAAAUUUAGUUAUAUGCCAUCAGAGAACCUGAUUCAUAGGACCUAUGUUGUUUGGUCGGGUUAUGUCAAUUCGUUACUAUUUCUGUCGGCUUGGUGUAACCCGAUUAAAUAACGAAGAAAUUCCUAUAAAUAAAUUUCUUUUACCCCAUAACUCUAAAUUGUAAAACCUAGU